AUGGGGGUUCAAGGUCUCAGCAGUCUCCUGGAUACCCGCAGGGAGGUCUACCAGGAAGUCCAGCUCCGGAGGACCCGGCUGGUGAUCGACGGCAGCAACCUGGUGUGCCACCUGUACUACUCCUCAGGUUUGGACCAGAAUUGCGGUGGGGAGUACGCAUCGUUCGAAGACCUCAUCGAGAGGUUCAUCUCAGCGCUCAGGACCUGCGAGGUCAAGCCGUAUGUGGUUCUGGAUGGACCAGACCCCACAGACAGGAAGCUGGAAACGGUGACGAUGAGAGCUGAGAAUUUAAUCCAGAGAGCCCACCAGGCAGCGGAGACCGGUAAGAGAAAGGGAAUCCUCCCACAGAUGGUCAAGAUGGUCUUCAAACAGACUCUGAUCCGACGGCGGGUUCCGGUGGCCCACUGCUUCGGGGAGGCUGACCAGGAGGUAGCUGCCCUCGCUGCUGAAUGGAACUGCCCUGUGCUUUCCAACGAUGGGGACUUCUUCAUCUUUGACCUCCCUGCAGGGUUUCUGCCUAUCACUCACUUCCGCUGGAAGGAGGUGAAGGCCGGCCCACGCAGCUACAUUACCUGUAAGAGCUACACAACCUCUUGCUUCUGCAACGUCUUCCGGAUCCAGCGCCAGCUCCUGCCCACCUUCGCUGCCUUGGCCGGUAAUGACUACGUGAAGCUGAAGAUGGUCAACUGGACUCAGUUUGCCCCAGCGGGAAGCAAGACCUCGUAUCACCUGGAGGGGCUACUCUGCUGGCUGAGGGACUUCCAGCAGUCUGAGGACGCCGAGGAGGCGGCGCUGGGGCUGAUGGGAGAGCUGGACACGAAGAGGAGAGAAGAGGUCCGGAGAGGACUGUAUGAGGGGAUGAAGGAGUACAAACCUCAUCAGAGUUGCCUAAAACAGUUCUUCGACCACAGGGUGCCACCCCUGUUCCAGGUAGUACACCAGGGAUCUGGUCUUGUUCCAGACUGGGCCGGUCUGGCUCUGACGCAGACCCGGCUCACCCCGAACAUCUUGGACGUGCUGCUGCUGCAGAGGAUGUUCCUGGGCAUCGCCGUGGAGCCCCGGGACUGGCCCAGCGUGUAUGUGAUCUCCAGGCCAAUCCGGCAGAUUAUGUACGGGCUGCUGUUGGGCAGAGAGACGUCACUGCAGGUGACGGAGCGAGACCGGGUCGAUUCGCAGCUGAUAUACGUACCGGUCCGACCAGCCUUUAGUGAAACCAGCAAGCGACUCAGACUUAGCUCGCUGCAUGAGGCGGAGCUCUCUGAGCGUCUGCUGGUCCUACUGGAAACUCUGGGUGUGAUUGAGGACUCUCUGAGCCUCCUUCCCACUCAGCUGAAGCUCCCGGUGGCCGUCACCUGCUUCUGGCUGCAGAUGGCUGAGCCUCCUCCAGACCUGACCCUGCUGAAGGCGCUGCUGCUGGGAAUGAGCAUGGGACUCCUUAGUGGUACCGCAUCUCAGAUGGGAAAUCACUGCGGUGCAAAGAAGCUGGAUGUGGGCGUGGUCUAUGCCUUCAACCAAUGGCAGGCGUGCCUGAAGGACAGCGUCCACCUCAACCAGCUGCUGGGCUUCCCUCUGCUGGAGCCGGAGAUCGCACGGUUGUAUCAGGGGACGACGGUCCACCAGCUGGUGGACAGGAUGAGGAGCGGAGAGAGGCCGGAGGCCAUCCUGAUGAAUGACAGGACCAGCGUAGAGCAGUACCAAAGUAUGCUGUCUGUGGUCCAGUUACACACUCACAGAGCUCCGGCGGCCCGGGAGAACCAGCAGAGAGCGGAAGCCGGCCGCUCCUCUGAUGGAGACAGGUUCUGAUCAUGAUGGUUGAUGAAUAACCUUUUAUCUGCACUGGGGUCUGGUUUUGCUGGUUUAUGGGGACAGUUCAGGUUCUGGUUCUGUUUAAAUUAUUUAAAAAUCUGCUUUUUACCUGUUAUAGGUCAGAUUCUUUUGUAUUACAUAUUUUUAUCUGGGGACAACAAAGACCCACAAGCCUGGCCAGGGCUACGCCGCGCCCCCAGGAGUGGGCCCCCGCCGCUGUCAGAGCCCCCAGGGUGGAGCGGGACAU